UGUACACAAUAGAGCCAAAACGUGGCUGUGAAUGAGACAGAUAGUAAUUAAUAGACAGGCCAUAACUCAAGAAUGAUAAAUCGUAUAGUAAUAGUCUAUGGGUCAAAUUAAAGUUUAUAACAAGAAUAUAUACCCUGAAGAAGUCCAGACAAGUUAGCUGGACGAAACGUUGGAAUUAGUUAAAUUUCAAUCGCUGAGAAUAUUUCGAAUAUAAUUUUCAUAAAUAGACAUAAUCUAAUUAUUGAAUAAUUAUAUAAUAAGAAUAUUUAUGGAAUGUUAGCCUAUUAAUUGUCCUCUGAAGUUACCCGUAAUUCAAUCUUCACUGGGAUAUAACAUAAUAUCGCACAUUUCUGGUGAUCAGUCCUUAUAACUGACGUCCAAUCACUUCUGUAAUAAACAUCAUGCGUGAAAGUUUUGAUAUAGUUGUACGAAAUGAUAAAUAUACAUUGACAGUCAAAUUGUUGUACAGUGUAUCAAUUAUUCUAUUGAUCAUAUGGUUGAUCAACAUUUUACCAAGUCUUUUUCAAUGGAGAAUCAAUCAAGUCGAUCAUGAUGUAAUACCUAAAACAAUAGAAUUUUCGUGCAAUAAUAUAUCUGUUCCAAACGGGUCAGAAUCAGAUCUUGCUAGUGUAUUACACAAAAUAUAUUCCCCUAUCAGUAAAACAUCCGUUCAAAAAUACCCACUGAGAUAUAGUCUGGAAGAAAAUAGACUUGAGAAAUUAUAUGAUUCAUUGGGUGUGAAUAAGACCGUGAAGACGUUUCUCAACUAUGGGCAUCGUACAAUUUUUAGACCAAUGAACUUUUCAAAAUGUCAUGCUUCGAAAUGUGCAGUUAUCACUGACAUGAACAGAUGGCGAGAAGCUGAUGCACUUAUACUGACAGAAGAUAAAGUGCCGAAUGGAAUUCGACCUCCAGAGCAAUUAUGGUUUAGUUUAAUAGAAGAGUCGCCUGUACAUAUUGCUAUGGCAGGUACACUGGAAAAUGAAAUUAAUUACACUAUCUCCUUCCGUCUGGAUUCAACGAUUUACUCACCAUACGGUUCCUAUGAGCCAUACAUGAAGCACCAUGGACCAGAAACACGAUAUCCUUUACCUUCUAGAAACUUCGCUACUGGGAAAUCAAAGAAAGUUGCAUGGUUUGUGAGUAACUGUAUACCGAAAAGUCCAAGAAUGCAAUACGCCAAAGAACUUUCACGACAUAUCCCGGUGAGUUUGACAAAGCUUAGCAUUGAGUUUCUAAAGGUUUUUCAAUGA